AUGGAAAGCUGCAAAACAUUUAAAAAUUUGCUAAUAUAUUUUGAUUAUCUAGUAAAACCAUACGAAUUUAAAUUGCACAAUGAUAAGAGAAAUGGAACUAUUUGUGGAGGUAUUUUUUCAUUGAUCCUUCUAAGUGUACUAACAUUUUAUUUUGUUGUGACUAUAGAAUAACUGUAAACAUAAGAUAAUAAUAAUUAUAUAUCAUACAUUGAUUCUUCGCAAAGCAAAAGUGAUUAAAUAUAAGUAACUGAAAAUGAAAUUCAAUUAGCUUUUUUUAUUAGCAUAGAGAAUAGUUCAAUCAAUUAAGAGCAGCAAAAUUUAAUUAUUAGGGAAUAUUUGUCUGGCUAAAAUCAACAAUCUCCAUUAUUUGGUUCUAAAUCAAAUAUUAAACUUCUACAUAUUUAAAAAAAUAACAACUAAGUUUUGUAAAAUAACCUAUAAAUUGUUGAAUGUUCUUCUGACAGCAGCAAUCAAAGCUAAAUUAGUAAACUUUUUUCUUCUGUUAAAUAUCCCAUGUUUUGCUUAUCUGGGUAAUUUCAAUUACAAAACCAAUUUUAUUAAACAAAUUAUACCUAUUUGAGCUUUGAAUUCGACUUAGAUAAUAAUGAUUUAGCAACUAUAUUUCCUAACUCUAACAUAUACUUAAAUAUGAUAUACAAUGAUGAUUCAUACUAAGUUAACGGAAAUCAAUUUUAGUAAUCUCCAAAUUAUUAAUUUAAUUGA